GCGCGGUCAGGCCCCCGGCGGCCUCUCCCUCAUUCGACCUCGGCGAAGAUGGCGGCGGCGGUGCGAGCCAUCGGCAGCCUCGGCCGCCUCCCGGCCGCCGCCAGGGCCGGCCCGACGCGGCACACCCCGCCCCGCGGCUAUGCCUGCCGUAACAUCUCCACCUCCGGUGCCCUCCAGAACAGAACCCACGUCAGCUGUGAUAUCAAAGGGGAUGUUGCUGUCGUGCGCUUCAACACACCAAAUUCCAAGGUAUUGAAAAUUCCCAUUCAGGGAGCACUGAUUCCUACAGCCCUGAGGCAGCAGGGGCCUGCCCUGCCAGGGGUACCUGUGGUGCCUAAAUUGUACCUUUAUCCUCACAGGAAGGAGCUCCUGGGCAUGUGCUGUGUCCUUGGGAAAACUGAGAAGGGAAUUGGAGAGUGCUCCUGUCAUAAAGAGAUACAGAGAAUGUUCAGGGCCUUCCCUCUGCACUCAGCUUGCCUAGCUGAUUCCUCUGGGAGCCAGAAUCCCUCUGAACCCAGCUCUUCUGUCUGCCAGGUGAUUGGGAUGCACUACUUCUCCCCCGUUGACAAGAUGCAGCUGCUGGAAAUCAUCACCACAGACAAAACCUCCCAGGACACAGCUGCUUCUGCUGUUGCUGUUGGCCUCAAACAGGGCAAAGUAGUCAUCGUGGUGAAGGAUGGGCCUGGAUUCUACACCACCAGGUGCCUGGGGCCAAUGCUGUCCGAGGUGGUCCGAGUUCUCCAGGAGGGCGUUGACCCGAAGAAAGUGGAUGCCAUCUCCACAGCCUUCGGCUUCCCGGUGGGAGCGGCCACGCUGAUUGACGAGGUGGGCGUGGACGUGGCCACACACGUGGCCGAAGACCUGGGCAAGGCCUUUGGCCAGCGCUUCGGAGGGGGCAGCAUCGACCUCUUCAAGCUCAUGGUGCAGAAAGGCUUCUUAGGUCGCAAGGCAGGGAAAGGCUUUUACGUGUACCAGGAGGGAGUGAAGAACAGGAGUGUGAAUUCUGGCAUGGAUGAGAUCUUGGAAAAGUUCAGGGUGCCAGCGAAUCCUGACGUCUGCUCCGACGAGGACAUCCAGAUGCGCCUGGUGACACGUUUUGUCAACGAGGCAGCCAUGUGCCUGCAGGAGGGCAUCCUCAGCAACCCCGUGGAGGGGGACAUCGGGGCUGUGUUCGGCCUGGGCUUCCCACCCUGCCUGGGAGGUCCCUUCAGGUUCGCGGACUCCUACGGCGCGCGGCAGCUCGUGGACAAACUGCGCAAGUACGAGGCCGUGUACGGCAGCCAGUUCACACCGUGCCAGCUCCUGCUGGACCACGCCAACAGCCCCAGCAAGAAAUUCCACCAGUGAGGUGGCCUGGUGACACCCCGACAGCUCCUCCAGCCGGGCCCCGGCUCCCCGCAACACCCCAUUCUCCAUAGGUUAAUCUCCAAAGCUCCCGGGGGAGGAAGGGAAGGAAGGAAGGAAAGAAAGAAAGAAAGACAGGAGGGGGGCAGCAGGUUGCCUCAUGGCUUGUAGUCAUUUCAAGUGCCUUACCAGCCACUGUGUGUUGGGUACAUCCGUCCCAUGCCAGCCUGGGCCUGGGGGCUCCGUGCUGGGGGAGGGAAUUCCUGCUGCCUUUGCCUUCGUGCCGUGGCCUCCAGAGCUCCCAGUCUGGCCAGUAGCAUCCAGCUUGUGGCUGGAGCCGAGGCCUUGCCUUUCCAUCAACAUCUACAAAAAUAAAGCCCCAUCUCCUGG